AUGGAUCAUCAAGAACCGAUGGACGAGGCCGAAGCGCCCGAUGCCCAGCAGCAAGAUGAAGAACCAGAGGAGCCGGAGAACCAACCAGAAGCCACCACGAUGGCCGGCUGGACGCUCAAUUCCAAGCCGGUCCCCUUCCCCUUCAACAUGACGACGACGGCCCUGUGCGCAAUCCUACAGUGUCUCCUCGUCCUCGGCAACCUCGAGUUCGAGCAUCGGCUGUUAUUCCGCUAUCAGAUAUGGCGCUAUCUCUUCCACGUCGUCCCGCGCGUCCUCCUGAGCAUUGCUCUGGCCUUUCUCAGCACUCUGCUCUACGAGCGCAUCCUGGCCUACGAGGAAGGGUAUUUCCGUCUCCUCUGGAACGCGGCUAUAGUCGAGCCGCAGCGCCUGAUGAUCAGACUCAUCGCGAAAAUGUGGGAUGUCGACAUCGAGAUUCCUGCUCGUGAGGAAGCGAAUCGAUUGAGGGAAUUGCAUGAAAUGUGGAGAAUGCUCCAGCUGGGAAAAGAUGGGCGAAGUUCCCCAACCGCCGCCUCAAUCUAUGAAACACUUGCGGAGGCUUGGGAAACGCUUGUGAAUGUUGGUGUUGUGGUUGAGCUGGAGGUUGCAAGACGUUUAUCUCGAGAUGGGCUUUUAUGGGUGCUGAAAUGGUCGCAAAUGUCAGGAUGGCAGGAGGUAACCAGUUUUAUCAACGAAGAUAAGAUCUGGGUUGAGACGGCCGCAGAUCCGGAAGACCUCUGGGCCCCGUUGCAUAGAAUCGUCGGGCAGGUUUUUCUCCAACUUCUCGUGGCUACUGUCUUAUUACAAGUGAUGUUUUUCUACCGAUUUCGCCUCCAGGAGGCCCAGGGGAUCUACGAGGAUGACGACAUGUAUGAAGAGCUGCGACCAAAGGCGACGUUCCUGCGGGCGACGGCUAUGCACCUAUUUACGUAUACGGCAUAUCAGAUCAUCCAGUUCGCCAUACCUGAUCAUGUACGAACGGCUGUUCCGGGACAUGUGCUCAAGCUGGAGACUGUUCAAUGGCUGAGGACGAGAACAUUCAAAAACUUCUGUCUCGCACCAGGUUCGUUUUCAAGGCUCGAUAUGCGCGGAGGGGCUUGCCUUGAGGACCUGGGGUGGGUAGUGGCAACUCCUAUCUUGACACUCGCUGUGCACCUUGCCGUUCGCUAUGUAAUGAGAUGGUUUGUGCGAAUUGGCUGGUGGAUGGCCGACUCAAUUUUCGAGUGGCAAACGCUGUACAUUCACUUCGCCGUGGAACAAAUAAAGCUGAUUUUCCUUGAGCAGAUGGACGCGGACCUUGGAUUGGACGAUCAAGUCAAGAGUCGAGCUUUAGUGAGUUUCUUCUUUCCAGGUUCGGGCCCUAUGGCUAUGAUGGUCCCUGGCGGCUAUGAUGCUGAGAGAGUAUGGGGCGCUGAUGAGAAUGAAAACAAUGGUGGGAAUGAGGGCGUUGAUUAG